AUCAUUAUGUUUGCAUUCCGAUCUAAAAAAUAUUCUCAAUUUGGAAUUCACCCAUGUGUUAGCUAAAAGCCUGCUGGCUGCUGCUGUUCUUUCUUGAAUUUGACUGCCCGUCGUUGUAUCACUUUAUCCACAUGAGCGUUAGAAUAUAAACCAUAUUGAACUCAUGCUGGAAACAAUUCAAGCUUAAAAAAAGUAAUUAUCAUUUUAUUUUGAACUUCAAAGCUUAGAGAGAUACAGAGACAUGGCUAUUGGGUUAAUGGAGGUUCUGCUUGUUAAUGCAAAAGGCCUUGCUGACACCGAUUUCUUAGGUGAUGUUGAUCCUUAUGUUGUGAUGCAAUACAAAGGCCAAGAGCGUAAAAGCAGCGUGGCCCAAGGACAGGGCGGGAAUCCUUCCUGGAAUGAAAAAUUUACCUUCAGGGUGGAGUAUCCAGGAUGUGGUGGCCAGUACAAGCUCGUUCUUAAAAUCAUGGACAAGGAUACCUUCACUCAUGAUGACUUCCUUGGCGAAGCCACAAUCUAUGUGGAGGAUUUUUUGUUACUAGGAAUGGACAAUGGAACUGCUGAAUUACAUCCUCGCAAAUAUAGUGUAACUCAAGCUGAUGGAACUUAUCGUGGAGAGAUUCAAGUUGGUCUCACUUUGACCCGCAAGUUUGAGCAGACAACUGAAAGCAGCUAUGGAGGCUGGAAGGAAAGUGAUGUGUAGUAAGCUUGAUUGCUCCAAUGAAUGAAAUAUUUGUAAUGUGUAAAAUUUGAAGAAGGAUGUGCAACUCUUGCAAAGAUUCCAGAAUUAAUCAUUUGCUUAUUAUAUGAUGUGUUAUGAAAUUUCCUGAA